AUGGAAAUUCCAGAAUGCGAAGAAGACGACUUUCACGAAGAAAGAUACAAAAACAGAGCAACCCCAAGCAGUGACGGUGGUUCUUCCGCCACUCCAAGCCACCACAACCACCGCCGCAACAAUAGUAACAACCAACAACAUCCUCUCACGCCGCUCCACCGCAACGGAAACGGAAAACACCAAAACAAAAAACGACAUGACGACGGCGACGAAGACGGAGGCGCCGUCUCCUGCAACAAGUGUCGGCCUCACCACUCUCACCGUGAUAAAUUCUCCGUCGUCCCUCUCGAAAGCCACAACAACCCUUCUUUCAUCUCUAGCCCCAAUCUCAUAAUCAAAUCCAUCUUUCAAUCGCUCACACGGAAAAGCCCCAAACCCUCUUCCGCGGCGGGACUUCCUCCGCGCUCAUCCUCCUCCUCCGCUGCCGACGCUUCCAGAGAAGAGCAGUGGCGGUUAGCCGUGGCGGAGCUAUCCCAUAAACUGAUUCAAGCCACGAAGAAGAAAGAAGACGCGGUCACAGAAGCUUCUAGGUUGAAAUCGUCAAUGGCAGAGCUCGAGAAGAAGCUCAACAAGCUCGAAAUUUACUGCCACAAUCUCAAAUCGGGCCUCGAUGAGUGCAGCAACAAGAAACAGAGUGUUCCGAUCCGUAAAGACGGUUUCAACGACAGGAUCAUUCAGCAAUUCCUCGUCUCAGUGUCGGAAUCUCGAUCUUCGAUCAGGGCAUUGAGCAGAUCUCUCGCGUCGCAGCUACGAACCGUCGGUGGGAAAGUCUACGAGCGACUCUCUCUCCUCCUCCAACCUUUCGAUGUCAAGAUCAACUCUUUCGCGAAAAACCCUAAAAGCCUGAUCUUUUACCUUGAAGCGAUCCUGAGCAAAGCCUUCUUCGAGGAUUUCGAAGCUUCCGGGUUUCAGAAAAACGGGUCGACCCGGAUUUUGAACCCGAUUGAUCGUUGCGAAUCCAAUUACGCGUCGUUCAACGUCUUGAUGGAACUCACGUGGGACGAGGUCUUGAGCAGAGGAACAAAGCAUUUCUCCGAGGAGUUUAGCCGAUUCUGUGACCGGAAAAUGAGCGACGUCGUUUCGAUGCUUUGCUGGAACCGAGCCUGGCCUGAACCACUCUUACAGGCUUUCUUUGGUGCGUCGAAGAGUGUUUGGUUGGUUCAUCUCUUGGCUAACUCAGUGAACCCGGGAUUGCAGAUCUUUCGAGUCGAGAAAGACGACCGGUUCGAUCCGGUUUAUAUGGAGGAAGCUGGUGGAGACCGGUUUAAGAGUCUGGUUCGAGCUAUGGUACAGCCAGGGUUUUAUGUGUAUGGGAGUGUCGUUAAGUGCAAGGUGGUUUGCAAGCAUUGUGGCAACGACGAGGAAGUAGUAGAAGACCGAACGGUCAAGGAAUGUAAUAAAAACGACAAGAGUUUAAUAAGCAUUUAUAGCCCAUUAGGAAGUUAA